UUCGCUAGACGUCAAUUGCGCCGAAAAUUCGGUUUGAGCGGAGACGAAGUUGUCGAAAAAAUGACAUUAAAGGAGAAAUUGUGGGCUAUGUGUCCAUUUUUGAACACGUUAUUCCCAUUAGAACAAACUGCAUGUCUUCUAUGUGGCGCGAUCGAACGUCCUGAACACGAACCACAUAUUAAAUGUCCAACACCUGGUUGCGUUGGUCUGUAUUGCACGCAGUGUUUCGCAGAUUUGCAAAAAUUGUGCACAAUUUGUCGAAUGCCGGUGGAGUACGGUGAUUUGACCGACAUGAGUGAGGAGAAGUAAA